GACAGCUGAUGGUCGUAUGUGCCUCCUGUUUCAGAUGUGCUGUUUCAGUUGUAGCUCACAGGUUGGACUGGUGCGUUUCAGCUCUAAUAUGUGACUCCUGUCUGAAGAGGCGUGUCACAGGUCACAUGGCUGUAGAAUCGCCAUGGUGACACUGAUGGAUUACCUGGGUCCUGUGGGGGCGCUGUCGGCCUCUGUAGAGCUGAGGAUGCCCUUCCCUGAACCCGUCAAGUACCUCAUCCUGGGCGUGUCCGUCACUCUGCUCCUGAUGGCGUUGGGCAUCUUGGUGUGGCAGACCUUCAGGUGUUGUACACAAACGUACGCUACGCACACCGGACCAGACCCAGUGUGUGACGACCUGCUGCGUUCAGGACCCAUGUGGACAUCUGCAGAUGGAUCCACAGGAGAGCCCAGUACCAAGGUGGAGGACGUCAGUGCUCAGGUUCACAGGUUGAGUCGCUGUCUGUUGGAGGCUUCAGUGUUCCACGCCCCAGAGGAGUGCACCGACAAACAAAUAACACCUGAGAAGGUCCAAACUGAAGUGAACACAUGUGGACCCACAGGCUGCAGCACACUUCAGACUGACAGAACACUGUUUCCUUCUCCUCUUCUCCAUCUCCAGGUCUGUGGAUCUCUGCGUUUCUCCGUCUUCUUCGACCGGCUGCAGUCUCGUCUGGUGGUCACCGUCCUGCAGGUGGAGGGUCUGGAGGAACACCACCCCACCCGCACCCUCCAGCCUUUUGUCAGGCUUCGACUCAUGUGGGCGGGGGCAGAAGGAGAGGAGACAGAAGGCAGCAAAGAUGAGGAGGGGAAGGACACGCCCCCUGGCCUGUGGGCGGUGCUGCAGGAGUGGCGUAGUCGCAUUGUGAAAGGCAGCUGUAAUCCUCUGUUUGGAGACCAGUUCAGCUGCACCCUGCAAGGAGAUAAAGAACUGCAUCGCAUCGCACUGAGGAUGGAGGUGAGGGAUUUUGAUAAGUUUUCCAGACAUGUGGUGUUGGGGGAGGUGAGAAAACCUCUGGGUCAGAUCAAUGUGUCCUAUCCUCUGGAGCUGCAGGAGGAACUGAAGGCACCGCAGAAGGAUCUGGUCGGGGAGGUGCUGCUGUCCUUAAAGUUUCUACCCACGUCUCAGAGGCUGGAGGUUGGACUUUUAAAGGUCAGACUGGUCCUGGUUGACAUUUCCUCAGAAGCAGCUCUGUGUGCCAGGAUCAGUGUCCAGUGGAACCAGUGCAAACUCAGACACCACAAAACCUCUGUGCUCUCCUACUCCCUGGUGACCGUCUUCAAUCAGGUCUUCCUCUUCUCGCUGCCGGAGCUUCCUUUGGAACAAUGUAAAAUACUGGUGUCUGUUUAUGCGAAGGACGCGGCAAGGAAAUCAGCCAAGCGUCUGAUUGGACAGUUGACUGUUGGGAAGCAGAAGCAUUCAGAAGACAAACACUGGAGCCUGAUGAUGCACUCGGUCCGCCAGCCCACAGCCAUGUGGCACGGCCUGCUACUGUAAAGGACGCCUGUCUGUCUGUCUGUCUGUCUGCCUGUCUGUCUGUCUGUCUGUCUGUCUGUCUGUCUGUCUGCCUGUCUGUAUGUCUGUCUGCCUGUAUGUCUGUCUGCC